UCUUUUUUUUUCUUCUAUCUUGAGACGGCAUAAACGAUCGGAGAUGGUGGUGAGAUGUGUUUGAAGUAUGAAGACAGUGACGGUGGAGCGUUAGGGACGUAAGAGCUGAAAGCAUGAGGAUUAAGGAUGCUUCGCUCUCAGUUUCCGUUCCCUGCGACUGCAGCCUUUGUCCGCGGAGAUAUUGAAUGGUAAUUUAUUAGAGAAAGAAGGAGGAAAGAAGGAUUGCCUUCCUUCUCGCGAAUUCCUAUCGAUCGAAGACAAAAUGGCGAACGGUGGACACGGCGUGGUCGUAAACGGGGUUGGUGCACCUGGUGCCGGCACGCUUUCGAGGGAAGAAAGACGUCGACGCAGAAGAGCGACGCAAAAAUAUCGAACAGCACAUGCCACGAGGGAGAGGGUUCGAGUGGAGGCUUUCAACUUGGCUUUCGCAGAACUUCGAAAGCUUCUGCCGACCUUGCCACCAGAGAAGAAACUCUCGAAGAUCGAGAUCCUUAGACUAGCCAUCUGCUACAUCGCUUACUUGAAUCACGUCCUCGAGGCUUGAAUAAUCAACCAGGGAUCACUCUAUUUUUGCAAGGUCUAACUCUGUGUCAAUCACACCAGAAGAAGAAAGUAUAAACCUUUCCAGUAUUGAUAUUUUGAUUAAUAUACGUAACCUGACCUGUUGUAGAUAAUCCAUCGAAUCGAUAGCGACUUGCAACAAUUGAUCAUUGAUGAAAUUAACAUCUGUUUCUUAUUUACGCGAUAUUCCUCUCUCUGUAAACGUAUAUUAAAUUAACGCUUUACUUUAGUG